UAGCCUGUUGCACCUAAAGUGUGCAUGGCAUUGCAGUUGCACCAAGUUACCCGUCCUAGUCUCACUGGGCAACGUUAUCGUCGCCGUCGGUACAUUCGCGAAGCGUUCCGUCACGAUCUUGUCGCAUACGAUUAUCUCAACGAAUUUUGACGAUAGUAAAAUAUUUUCUAUAGAACAAGUCGAAAAUCGUCAUCCUGUUGAUUGAUUACACUGUUAAGUUUUAUGGCUCAUGUUAAUUGUUGAACAUUUUCGUUAAUAGCAAAAGUUAAUUUCGCAAAUAUAAAAAUUGUUUUUACUGUAAACGCAUGGGCGGUGUGGCUUGGACAUAACUAUAGUUAGCGUACGAACAGCGCCAGGCGUACUGAGUGUUGGUGGCGUGCGCGGUACGCCGCAGCACGUUUAGUGGGGAUCCGCCGCCUGUGGAAUAUCACGUGCUCGUGAGCCACACCAGCACGUUUGACGGUUUAGCUGUGCGGCGCGUACGUGCACGCGCGCACCCGAGUUCCUCCGUCUGCUCUUCGGACAUCGAUUGCGAAACGUUUUCACGUGUCCCCGUUGUUGUUUACGUCGUCUGAAUCAACCGGACAACAUGCCGAAAUCGGAAAAGACUACUGCUAGCGGUCGCAUUCUGUACGAACUGCCGUUGAAGCACCAUCACCAUCACCACCAAGCCAAAGUGCCGGAACGUAGAGCGUCGCCGAUAUCGGAUGGCCGCAAAGAAAAAAAGCGGUUGUGCACGAAUUGCAAAAACCACGGAUUGGCAAAAAUUUGGAAAAAACACAAACGGUACUGCAUGUACCGCGAUUGUCAGUGCGCCAAAUGUCAGAAAACGGCGGCUACGCGUAAAAAUUGCGCCCUGCAGACGGCCAAGCGUCGUGCCAAACAGGAGGACGAGCAGCGCGAACAAGAGCUUCAGAUCAACCCCAGUAGUUUUUUGGACGAGCGGCCCGUACCACAUCCCAUACAGCAAGGGUCGUUGGCUGGUGGCACCGCGGAGUCUGCCACGUCGUCCACGUUCCGGUCCAUUGAUCAGCUCAGCGUGUCCUCCACCAAGGCGUCGUCCUCCAGGACUUCCGACUGCGACUACAACUCUUCAAUAGACAUCGGGGGUGGCACGAGCGGAGGAAGGCCGGUAUCACAAGCGGAUGCGGCUAGCCGAUAUGUAGACAUCGACGCAGACUCGAGACACGAAAUGGCAAUGAGCGACCACAUUGAAGAUAUCGGAUCCAUUCUAAAAGAACUGAUUAACCGCACUAAGGAGUUUCAAAACUUGGACGCAUUCCGGCUGUUUGUUUUGCAGAGUAACACGUUCGAUGUAGAUAAAGCUACCAAAUUAAUCAAACGGGCACACGAAGACCUUAAGUACAUAGAAAUCGCACCCGAAAAGGACGAAGAUGAAGUGAUCAUGGAAGAACAGCCUCCGAUCAUGCGGCUGACCAGUCGAGUAGCGCCAGUGGCCAGCAUGAUGGCGCAUCACCAUCAGACCCUACCAACGGCACCGGCACAUCACCACCGCACCUCGAUUGUGGGCGAUUACAGAGAACCGGUAGCACCCGCUGUAGUCCUAGAUACCGUAUGCGGACGCCGAACGGCAGUCAACGGCGUAACAGACCCUAUCUGUGCUGCCGGCGCGGGUGCCGUCGUCGGCGCAUCCGGACCGCAUCCGCAGGUUGCGCUAUGGCACCCGCGACCCAUUUAUCCGUUUCCUCUACCACUGCCCAAUACUACCACUAUUGGAUUCUGGCACUCGUCGCAGCCACCGUUCCCGUCGUCCGGCGCUUCUUAUCCACCUUACAUAGACGGCGAAUGGUCCAGACACUGUAGGCUGCCAAUUUUCAACCCGGAACCGCAACCGGAACCCGUCAACUUGCACAACAACCAUCAUCGGAGGGAGAACAGGUCAUUGGAGGUGGUGGAAAGACCUGAACGGGUACACAACCGGCCCCUACUCCAACCGGCCGUACAACCUCAAGACGACCGGGAAUCGACUAGGCAUCACGCUUAGCUUAGGAGUCUGAUGGGACACAUCUGUUGACCGAACUUACGGAUGUGUGAAUUUUUAUUAUUAUUAUUAUUAUUAUGUCUAUAUAUUUACUAUUUUCCAAACUUCUUGACGCUCACGAGAUGCCGAAGAAGUUUUCCGGACAUCGUCAUUUUUUAUGUUUACUAUCCUCGUUUCAUAUUAUUAUAUAUUGUACAUAUAUAACUAUUGAGUUUUUAUAUUAUUCUGUAGGCGACACAAUUUGAUUCGCAUUACCAUUAGAAUACUAUGCGUUUUUGUUUUUUUUUACCCGGCAAGACAUUUGAUACCAUUUAUGUAAAUCCAUUAGCGGGAGAUGAACUGUCCAAUUAUUCAGUUAGUUAAACGAGAAAAAUAUUUUAUGCAAAUUAUUAUAAAGAAAUUAAUCAAACAAUAUCAUUAUGUUAUAAUUAUGUUUAACCAGAAUGACUUUCAAGUGUGUUAAAUUUUCCAAAACUAAUACUGGAAAUGCGUGUGUGAUUGUAAGGCAUUUAGAGACGUAGUGCAUAAGUAGAGAAUGACUUGUCAUUAUGAAUUACAUACAGUUAUUUAAUUUUGUCUAUUAAUUUUAUUAUUGCAUGCGUUUAUAUAGUUAUUAAAGUUAGUAUUACGCGUGUUCUUUAAAAUACCGAAUAUAUAUAAAUAUAUAUAUAUAUAUAUAUAAUUAUUGUAGCAAACACGAAGAUAUUAUUGAAAAAUGUUUAUAAUAUUAAUAAGUAUGUGUAAAACCAUGA